AUGGGUUGUGUUUCUGUGUUUAUAUGCAGACAAAUCAAACCCAUUUUGCUGCAGAGCGGGGGCUAUGACACUGAGCUGUUUGUGGACACUCCAGACCAUGACCUCAUUUGCACAAUAUGCCAAGGUGUGCUGAGGUGUCCUGUGCGAGUGGCUUGCCAUCACAUCUUCUGCAAAAAAUGCAUUUUACAGUGGCUGAGAAGACAGGAAACUUGUCCUUGCUGCAGAAAACCUGUCAAUCCAAGCUUGAUAUUUGUGAUGUACAAAAUGAGCAAAUCUAUUGGCCGUUUAAGGAUUAAGUGUAAGAACCGGAGCUGUGGCUGCACAGCAAUAUUCCCACUCUCAGAGCAGCAUGCUCAUUCUCUGGAGUGUUUAUUCGAAAGGAUCCUCUGUCCCCACCAGGGCUGCCCAGCCCAGGUGCUCCGUGGGGAGCUGGACGCUCAUACCCGGAGCUGCGAACAUUGGCGGCAGCCCUGUCCCAUGGGCUGCGGCACGCUGCUGGGCCACCAGACCCGGGGCCAGCACAACUGCUACCUCAAACUGCGUCAGGAGCAGGAGGCCCAGCAGCAGGCACAGCGCCAAAUCGUCAGUGGUCUCCAGAGGAAGAUGAGGAAGAUGCAGAAGACCAUGGCGAACAUGAAGAGGCAGAUCGGCCUGCUCUGUGAGACCCUGGAGGUUAUGGAUGACCAGGAGGAAGCUGAGGUGGCGGAGGCCGAAGCCGAGGGCCCUGGAGAGAGUAGUAGCAGCAGCAGCAGCUCCUGA